UGAGCGAACCAAAAGCAAAGAGACAAAGCAGAAACCAUUUUCUGACUAACGACGAUUCAGAAAGUUUCUUACAGCUCUAGAGAGAGAAAUAGGAGAGGAGUGAAGAAAGAGAGGGAGUGAGUGAGUGAGCGAAGCUUCGUUCAGAUUCAGUUGAAUUCUUCUUCUUCUUCAGUGUCGUUAGUUACUUUCUCCCCUUCUCCUUGUUUUCUUGCUGUCGAAACGAAACUCAUGCAUAUGACGGAAUUUUUUAUAUUAAGUAGCUGAAUGGUGAUGCAUCCUUUGCGAAGGUGCCAGUAUCUUUGGUGGUUCAUUUUGGUGGGACAUCUCCAUAUAGUCAUCCCUUGUUGUAGUUCAAUUGAGUCUGGAAGUGGACGCCUAAGGUUGAAAGAAUGGUCACUUGACUCUCAGUUACUUAUAAGUAAUGGUUCUCAAAACAUCACGAAAUUUCAAGAGCAAGUUCCAACUUUGUCAUCCCUAUCGGUAGGCUCAAUAUCAUGUGAAGACCUGGUAGGAGUUGGAUCAUUUAAUACCACUUGCUUGCUGAAUUCGAACUUCAUCUUAAAAUCUGAUCUCUAUGUAUAUGGUACUGGAAAUUUGGAGAUACUUCCACAUGUGUCCAUUAUGUGUCCGAUUGAGGGUUGUGUGAUUACUUUUAACUUGUCUGGCAAUGUUAAUAUUGGUCAAUAUGCGAAUAUUGUUGCUGGUUCAGUAAUUUUCUCAGCCGCCAAUCUGACUAUGGACUAUAAUUCUUCCAUAAAUACAACAUCUUUGGGUGGAUUACCACCUUCCCAAACUAGUGGUACACCAGUGGGCUACGAGGGUGCUGGUGGAGGGCAUGGUGGCCGGGGUGCUUCUUGCUUGAAAAAUAAUAAGACAAGUUUCUGGGGUGGUGAUGUUUAUGCUUGGUCAUCAUUGUCUAAGCCAUGGAGUUAUGGGAGUAAGGGUGGUGGGACAUCUGCUAGAACUCCAUUCGGAGGGAAUGGUGGAGGACGUGUUAAACUUAUAGUAAAGGAUACACUAUAUAUAAAUGGGUCUGUCACUUCAGAAGGUGGUUACGGAGGGUCAGCUAGUGGAGGUGGCUCUGGGGGAAGUAUAUUUGUGCAUGCUGUAAAGCUGAAGGGAAAUGGAACUAUAAGUGCAGCUGGUGGGACUGGAUGGGGUGGAGGUGGUGGUGGAAGAAUAUCUCUGGAUUGUUACAGCAUACAAGAAGAUGUUAAAGUUGCAGUGCACGGUGGUUUGAGUAUUGGUUGCCCAGGGAAUGCUGGAGCAGCUGGAACCUACUUUAAUGCAGAUUUACUUAGUCUCAGAGUUGGUAAUGACAAUAUCACAACAGAAACUGAAACCCCUCUGCUUGAUUUCCCAACCAGACCAUUAUGGUCACAUGUGUUUGUGGAGAAUAAUGCUAAAGUGUUGGUUCCACUGCUAUGGACCAGAGUUCAGGUGAGAGGCCAAAUUGGGUUAUAUCGUGGAGGCAGUAUCAUUUUUGGGUUGUCGAAAUUCCCAGUUUCAGAGUUUGAGCUUGUUGCGGAAGAACUUUUGAUGAGUGAUUCCACCAUAAAGGUUUUUGGUGCAUUUAGAGUUGCUGUCAAGAUGUUACUCAUGUGGAACUCUCAAAUUCAAAUUGACGGAGGUGGAAACACUGUUGUUACGACCUCAGUUCUUGAAGUGAGGAAUUUGGUUGUCCUGAGGCAAAAUUCUGUCAUUAGUUCAAAUGCGAACUUGGGUGUUUACGGUCAGGGGCUGCUGAGGUUGACUGGUCUCGGUGAUGCAAUCAAAGGCCAGAGACUCUCUCUGUCUCUGUUUUAUAACAUAACAGUUGGGCACGGUUCUUUAAUUCAAGCUCCAUUGGAUGAUGAUGCUAGUAGACUCAUGAUAACAAAAUCACUGUGUGAGAGUCAGACUUGUCCAAUGGAUUUAAUUACUCCACCUGAUGAUUGCCAUGUCAAUUAUACACUGUCCUUUUCAAUUCAAAUCUGCCGUGUUGAAGACAUUCUUGUGAGUGGCCUUGUCAGGGGAAGCGUCAUUCACAUCCACAGGGCAAGGACUGUAAUUAUUGGUUCUAAUGGUCUGAUUACAGCAUCCGAGUUAGGAUGCAGUGAAGGUAUUGGAAAGGGAAACUAUUCAAAUGGAGCUGGAAGUGGGGCCGGACAUGGUGGAAGAGGGGGCUCUGGGUAUUUCAAUGGUAGGAAGAGCAAUGGUGGCAAUAAAUAUGGGAAUGCUGACCUUCCAUGUGAAUUAGGAAGUGGAGCUGAGGCACCCGUUGAUUCGUUUGAUAAUGUCGUUGGUGGGGGAAUGAUCGUGAUGGGAUCUAUCCAGUGGCCACUCUUGGGGCUUCAUAUCUAUGGAUCUUUGAGUGCGGAUGGUGAAAGCUUAAAGAAAGCUACCAGAAAUGUUGAUGGUUCUUUGAUUGGCGGAGUUGGUGGAGGUUCAGGUGGAACAAUCCUCCUUUUUCUUCAAGGGCUUAGCCUUGCAGAGAACUCAUCUUUGUCUGUUCUUGGAGGCAAUGGUGGUCCUCAUGGUGGAGGUGGGGGUGGGGGUGGUAGAGUUCAUUUCCACUGGUCCAAGAUCGAUUAUGGGGACAAGUAUAUUCCUGUUGCGAGUAUAAGUGGCUCCAUUGGCAAUAGUGGAGGUGCUGGGAAUAAUGGUGGUCUUUAUGGUGAAAAGGGCACUGUCACUGGAAGAAAAUGUCCCAAGGGCCUCUAUGGCACUUACUGCAGGGAAUGUCCUAUUGGCACAUAUAAAGAUACUGAUGGCUCAGAUGACAAUCUUUGUGUUCCUUGUUCACUUGAUCUUCUUCCUAGUCGUGCUGAGUUCAUAUAUAUGCGAGGCGGAGUUACUAAGCCAUCAUGUCCCUAUAAGUGUAUAUCUGACAAGUAUAGAAUGCCAAAUUGCUAUACUCCUCUUGAAGAGCUGCUUUAUACUUUUGGAGGACCAUGGCCUUUCUCAGUUCUGCUAUCAUGCAUUUUGGUUCUUCUGGCUACGUUGUUAAAUACUUUAAGGAUAAAAUUUAUUGGUUCAGGUUCUUAUAACAGUGCAGGUUCGAUUCAACAUCACAGUCAUCACCAUUUCCCAUAUCUUCUUUCAUUAUCUGAGGUGCGAGGAACCAAAUCUGAAGAAGCUCAAAGCCAUGUUCACAGGAUGUACUUUAUGGGUCCUAAUACCUUUAGAGAACCAUGGCAUCUUCCCUACUCUCCUCCUAACGCAAUCAUUGAAAUAGUGUAUGAAGAUGCUUUUAACAGAUUUAUUGAUGAGUUCAACUCUGUUGCUGCUUAUGAUUGGUGGGAAGGAUCAGUUCACAGCAUUCUUUCAGUUCUUGCAUAUCCUUGUGCCUGGUCCUGGAAACAGUGGCGUCGGCGAUGUAAAGUACAUCGUCUUCAGGAAUUUGUUAAAUCUGAAUAUGACCAUUCAUGUCUCCGCUCUUGUAGAUCCCGAGCUUUAUACAAAGGAAUGAAGGUUGGAGCAACCCCAGACUUGAUGGUGGCCUAUAUUGAUUUUUUUCUUGGAGGUGAUGAGAAGCGUGUAGACAUGGUCUCAAUUAUACAGAAAAGAUUUCCCAUGUGCAUAAUUUUUGGCGGUGAUGGAAGCUAUAUGGCACCUUACAAUGUUCAUAGUGAUGCAUUAUUGACUAAUCUCAUUGGGCAGCAUGUUCCGGCAACUGUGUGGAAUCGUUUGGUGGCUGGUUUAAAUGGUCAGUUGAGAACAGUGAGGCAUGGAUCUAUUCGGUCUCACCUAAUCCUGGUUAUUAAUUGGAUAAAUAGCCAUGCAAACCCUCAACUUGAGUUCCAUGGGGUUAGAAUUGAGGUUGGAUGGUUUCAAGCAACAGCAUCUGGUUAUUAUCAGCUCGGGAUAUUGGUUGUAGUUGGUGACUAUCCUCUUCAGAAUAUGGACCAGUCUGAAGUAUUUGAUAGAAGUAAUAGUGAAACUCCAAGGUCUAAUGCGUCAUGUACAACAACUUCUAAGCAGUCACAACAAAGCUUGCCAUAUAUAGGUCAUGCAUUGGCUAUUAAAAAGAUUACAGGAGGAAUUAAUGGAGGUCUUAUAAACGAUGCUACUGUGAGAUCAUUAGAUUUUAGAAGAGACUUCCUCUUUCCACUUUCUCUAAUAUUGCACAAUACAAGACCUGUGGGUCGUCAGGAAACCCUGCAGCUGCUGAUUACUGCCAUGCUUUUGACGGAUCUUUUUGUCACCCUUCUUACAUUGCUUCAAUUCUAUUGGAUUUCUCUUGGAGCUUUCCUUUCUAUCUUACUUGUUCUUCCUUUGUCACUUCUUUCUCCAUUUCCGGCUGGGUUGAAUGCGUUAUUCAGUAAGGAACCUAGAAGAGCAUCGCUUGCUCGUGUCUAUGCAUUGUGGAAUGCUACAUCUCUAUCGAAUAUUGCAGUUGCAUUCAUUUAUGGCAGUUUUCAUUAUGGAUUUUCCUCGAUCCAACUUCCUGAUGGAGCAAAUACAUGGAACACUAGAAGGGAGGAUGCUAAAUGGUGGCUUUUGCCAACAAUUCUCUUGUUGUGUAAGACAAUACAAGCUCGUUUUGUGGAUUGGCACAUUGCAAACUUAGAAAUUGAAGAUUAUUCACUGUUCUGCCCUGAUCCAGAUGCUUUUUGGGCGCAUGAAUCUGGUUCGUGAUUCAUUAUAUGUGUUUAAGGAAUAUGAUAUCUGCUUGUGUUAUUCCACUGGCAGGAAAGAGGCCUUGUAUUCUACUUCGGUACAGGUGCGGCUACUUUUCUGGUGUAAAUAUAAGUUACAUAUCUGUACAAAGCUUUGUUUAUAGGUGGUGCAUUUUUCCUUCACUGUACUUUGUGACCAGUGGAGUGCAAAGAAGAUAGAAAUUAGAUUAAAAACGAAUUCUAGGAGUUAGGAAUAGAUUCAUUGUUUAUUUUUUCAACUAGAGUUUUUUGAACGUCUACGAAUGCUUCUAUUUUUUUUUUCUUUUCCAUAAUAUAUGUAUUAUUGCUAUCCGUACUUUUUCAAGUACACCCAUAAUAUAGGUAAUCACUGGCACGGAUACACAAAA